GGGCAAGGCCACAAAAUGGCGGCCGGCCACGAUGGCGUCAUGGCAAUGAUGAGCACUAGGGGGAGUUGCCAGGAGUUACAAUGUCGGCUCCGCCUGGCGGAAGUGACCUCACACGGGGACGUAGCUGCUGCUGCUGCUACAGGAGAGGAGGAAGAGAGAAAGAUGUCGGCAGCUGAGGAGGAUCGGGGGAGCGAAGGCGGCUCGGGGGGCCCGGGCUCCUCAGGCGGCCAGAGGCCGAGGUCCGCCUCCCCCGGCCCGAACCAGCUCCACCAGAGCAACACCCUGCUCGGCCUGCCCAUUGUGGCCAUCGAGAACAUCCUCAACUUCCUGACCUACGACGAGAUCAGCCAACUCCGGCUGGUCUGCAAACGGAUGGAUCUGGAGUGCCAGCGCAUCCUCAAUCAGGGCUUCCUGCGGGUGGAGCGGUAUCACAACUUGUGUCAGAAACAGGUCAAGGCCCAGCUGCCAAGGCGAGAAUCAGAAAGGAGGAAUCACUCGCUGGCGCGUCACGCAGAUAUCCUCGCUGCGGUGGAGACCAGGCUGUCUUUGCUUAACAUGACAUUUAUGAAAUAUGUGGACUCUAACCUCUGCUGCUUCAUACCGGGAAAGGUUAUUGAUGAAAUCUACAGUGUACUGAGAUACGUCAAUUCUACAAGGUCCCCCCAGAGAGCCCACGAGGUCCUGCAGGAGUUACGGGACAUCUCCUCUAUGGCAAUGGAAUAUUUUGAUGAAAAGAUUGUUCCAAUACUUAAAAAGAAGUUGCCAGGCUCUGAAGUGUCCGGCCGUCUCAUGGGCUCUCCGCCAGUUCCUGGUCCCUCCACGACUCUGAGUACCAUGCAGCUGUUCUCCAAGCAGAACCCUUCCAGGCAGGAGGUGACGAAACUGGUACAGCAAGUGAAAGCCAACGGGGCCGGCCUGACCGUCCUCAGGCGGGAGGUGACGGAACUGCGCACCAAGGUACAGGAGCAGCAGAAACAGCUUCAGGACCAGGACCAGAAACUUCUAGAACAGACCCAAAUCAUAGGCGAGCAGAACGUUCGCCUCACGGAGUUAGAGCACAAACUGCGUGAUGUGGUGGACAGCGCGGUAGGCACCUCGGGAACGGGUCCAAGGGACGACUCCCCCCGGAAGAGGAAGAAAGUAGCCGAGGUUGUGGACUGCCCUAGGAAAUCAAAACGGCUCCGAACCAGGAAGUAAUUCUAUUAAAACUGUGUUUAGCUAGCGGCAUGGUUCCUGGACUGGGCACUGGUUGGCAACCAAGGUGCAACCGAACCUCAGCUUUGGUGUAGGUUACACUUUCCCUUCCUUGCAAUUGAAAUGCCACAUACAAAGAUGAGCACCUUCUGUGGGUUACUCUGUAGUCCUGUCUUUUUCAUUUGCAGCCAUUGGUAGGUUACAGCAGGGAUGCGUUCUUGGUCAUGGAUUUCCGAGGACCUGCACGACACAGCGUAAGGGGGUUCCCUGAUGAAUUUCUUCACAACACUAGGCUAAACUCUUCACGCACGCUGGGUAUUUCUCCUGUCGAGAAUCCUUAACCUAUUUAUUUAAUGGACGAGGGUCCUCAUCUCUUUAUCUAGGCUAAGAAAUGACGGCGCGCAUUUAAAGUGUACUUGGCGCCCAGAUGCAGCGGAGGUGGCGAUCUUGUGGGGCUAAACCAAUAUUCCAGAAAAUGCAACUUGCUCAUUCGGAAACAAUCAACCGUGCACCAGCGUAAAGUUUUGUCAUGUCGCUGGUCUGCAGUGAAUGGUAUUUUGGUGCAGCCCCCAAGUUGUUACCCUCCCCUGUGUGCGGGCAGACAGCAUGCACUCUACACACCACACCCACCUUUUCGUCAAAAUGUCUAAAACGUCACUAGAUCCACUACUUCAGAUUAGUUGUGAACCUGUCAUGAAGUCUAGAACAUACUGCGUGGCGUUACCUAGCACCCACCAUACGCUUCUUUAUUAUUAUUUUUUUAAGUGUUAUUUAUGUUCCGUUUGUUAUUGGUAACCUAACUCCUCAGUGCCUAUUUUCCUGUUAACAGAUUUGUAACAUCCAGACGUUGGACUGUUAGAAGUUUCGACCCUUGCACCAGUUUCACAUUGAGCGAAACGCGGCAGAUUGUAUACGUGACACUGUUCCUUUUCCUUUGAGUUCAAUGCUGGGUACUGGUAUAUGAUCCACUAAUGUCUGAAAAAGCCAGUCUUUGUAAAACAUCACUUAGACUUGAAUUGUGUAUACACCGUAUAUAUAUCCAUAUAAAUAUAUAUGAUACCUUU